AUGAAUUCAUUGGAAAAUGAUGGUUUUGAGGUAGUUGAAGCUGAGACAAAACAUGAUGAAACACCGAGGUAUGUUUUGCACAGACUAUAGUCUAGUUGUAGAAAAUUUGAAUUGUUUUCAGGUUUGAAGUUUCGAAAAAUGAAAAAUUGAAAGAAACUGAACAAGAUUUGAAAGAUUCGAGAAUUCAUGUUGAAGAACUCAAAAAACAAAUUGAAGUUCAGAAUUUGAAAAUUGAGGAGAUGGAGGAAGUUGAGCAAUUGAAGAAGGAGGAGCUUCGGAAAAUUUUGGAAGAGCAGAAAGAAGAUUUUGAGAAACAAAAAGAAGAAUUUGAAAAAUCAAAGACUGAAGAAAUUCGGAAACUUUUGGAAGAGCAGAAAAAAGAGUUCGAGAUACAAUUGGAAGGUUUUGAAAUUUCGAAAAAUCAAGAAAUUCAGAAGUUAAUGGAAAAUCAAAAAGAAGCCUUUGAGAAACAGAUUCAAAAAUUAGAAGAUUCCAAAAAUUUGGAAAAAAUCAACAUUCAAAAACAGCUGGAAGAUCAAAAAUUAGCGAUUCAAAUUUUGAAACAAUUAUUGAAAGAUCAGAAGGAUGCUUUUGAGAAACAAGUGCAAGAAUUCGAAAAUUUGAAGGCUGAAGAAACCCAGAAGUUACUAGAUGAUCAGAAAAAAGAUUUGGAAAAUCUUGAACUUUUGAAAUCAGAAGAACUGCGAAUAAAACUGGAAUAUCAAAAAAAGAAAUUCGAGAAACAUAUACAAGACCUGGAAGCUUCGAAAAAGUCAGAAGGUCGAAAAUCAUUAGAAAACCAGAAAAAUGAUUUCGAAAAACAAAUUCAUAAUUUGGGAAUUGCCAGAAUGAGAGAAGUCCAGAAGUUAUUGAAAGAUCAGGAGAUAAAAUUGGAAGCUUCUUGUAAAAUCGAAUUAGAAUUGAAUUCAAAGUUGGAAAAAUCCGACGAAACUGUCAGAAACUUGAAAACACAAUUGGAUGCGGCUAAAAUUUGGAAAAAAUUGCUGAUCAGUUAUGCAGGCAUUGUCAUUUUGUAUUGGAUUUUGGAAAGUGUUAUGAUUAAAAAAUAA